GCGUGUGUUUCCUUUUCGUACUCUCAUUCAGCCCGAAGUGAGCUGUUCAAACUUUUUUUGCCCCUGAAGUUUCCAGUCCCCAUGGAAGAUGUUUAAUGUAAAUGUCAGCACUGUAUAUCAAUGGUGUAACUGUCUGUACACCUUCAGAACGCCUUUUCUUUCCUCUGAAGCAGCUGAGGAGAACAUCUGUCUUCAGCAACAUGAGGCUCAAAUCACACCACAUGCAGCAACGAUCCCCAACAGCUCUAUGGUGCAAUCGACACUGCCUUGGACAGAAUUGUUGCAAAACGAAGCUUGAAUACAUCACCGGUGAACGCUCAAUGGAGCAGAAGAGGCACAAGCCACAUAGGAUCCAGACCUGCCUGUUGUUUUGCGUGAAGGAUCGUGUGAAGAUGGAGCACAUGCAGCCAGAGAGCACCAAGAGCAAACUGAGGGAACUGGCCCUCAAAUGGUUCACCGAGACCCAGGCUCCUCUCAUCCUCCACAAAGGCAACUUUCCUGCCUGGUUCCAGGGCUUCAUCAGCAGAAAGGAUGCAGAAGAUCAUCUGAGAGAUAAAGAACUGGGCUGUUUCCUUAUUCGUCUCAGUGAUAAAGCCACUGGAUACAUCCUGUCAUAUCGAGGACGUGACCGGUGUCGGCACUUUGUCAUCAACCAGAAUAAGGAGGGGCAGUUUAUCGUGACUGGAGACACUGAAAUGCAUGAUACACUCACCAGCCUGAUCGAGUAUUACAAGACCAGUCCUAUUGAACCAUUUGGAGAAUAUUUAACAGUGUCUUGUUUUGAGUUGCCUACAAACGAUCUCUACGAUGUGGUGCAGUUUGAGCCGAAGGUGAAGUCAGGGGUGAGUGUGGAGGCAGUAAGGAAGAUUUGGAACCAGCGAGCUGAACAGGCAGCUCAAUCUCAGCUAGCUCCAGCCUUGCCACCCAAGAGCACCAGGAACACUCAAACCAUCCCUCCAGUACCAAAAAGAAGCUCCCCAAUAAAGACAAACUCCCUGGAGGAACAAAGCAGCUCUGUAAAUAAGGUACUACUGUAUGCCCAGCUGGAAAAGGCCAGGUUUUUGGAAAGCAGAGAUAGUGAUCCUAAAGCUGCAUGGGGGAGACCCAGUGGAGCCAUGCCAGUUUCUGGCCCGCCAAACAUCACAGCCCAGGACAGUCCUGCGCCAGGAAAGGGUAUCGUUUAUUCAGAACUCAGCCUUUUGGACUGCAGGAGUAAAUCACUCCCCCUACUGGACGAUAACGCAAGGGAAGAGCGUUCAUACAAGCUGAACAGCUUCACAGGAAACCCGCCUCAACUGUCCCCUAAACUCCAGAGAGUGAACGCUAAGAAAACUAUCAGCCAUGAGGUGCCAAGCCAAAGCCACAGUCUAGAUAAGCUAAGUGAUCAUUCCUUCUAUCAGCUGGCUGGAGAGUCUGCCAAUCCCAAAGACAUAAAUCAGCAAGAGAACAGUGAUGAUAUGUAUGCUGAAGUACCUUCUGAACUCAGGCCACACCAUUUGCUCUUAGAGAAUACUUAUGAGCAAAUUCCUGAAUCAAUCUCCACUACAAACUCAAAGGAAGACGCUCUUCAGGGAAACACCUACGAAACACUGGAAGACUUUAAACCAAAGCCAAGCGAGUCAACAUGGGGAUUUAAGGGUGACAAAUGGAAAAGGCUGUUCCCCGAAAACUGGAAAAAGUAACCAAACCUUCAUCUACUAAAUCAACUGUUACACAAACACAAAAAUCAUAAGAGUUACACUAAAAAACACAAGCAGUCCAUUUACUGACCUUAUUUAUGUCAAGGCUAUUCUAAAUACAUUCAAAUGGUUAAAAUGCUGAUAUGAGGUUCUAUUCUUGUGUCCUUAACAGUUUGUUUGUUUGUCUUUAUUUGUGUAGAAAUAUUUAAAUUUAUGUUUUUCAUUUGUAUUUAUUAACUUAAUAAAAUCUAGUUAUCCACAAAACAAGGGGUUUUCUUGUAAAAAAAAAAAUGUAUUGCCAUUUACUGGUAGUAUAACAUCAGGUUGACAGUACUUUGUAUUAACUAGCUACUUACUCAUGGUCUUGAUUAAAAAGAUGCUCCAUUAUAGUACUUCAGUUAGAUCCAUGGCUCACCAGAUGACAUUUCAGAUGCAUUAAGCUGUCGGACCUGGUAACUUUGUAAACACAGAGACCUGGACUGGUAUGGAUGGAAAGAAAGUCUGUUAGAACAAUAACAUUUUAAUGGACUUUGGUGUUUUUCUUUCUGCUGAUUUACGCAUAUCCAGCCACCUCUAUUCUCAAGCAGAGAAAAU